AUGACCACCGACAUAAUCCACAACCACGCCGCACCAGGCAUAUCCUACUACACGCCAGCCCAAACACCCCCAGCAGGGACCCUACAGCCUCAAGACCCGAACCCCGAUUCAUCAAAGAGAACGCCCAAGCUCUUCACCCCACUCACCAUCCGCUCCCUAACCCUCCCCAACCGCCUCAUCCUAGCCCCUCUAUGCCAAUACUCCGCAGACUCCCGCACCGCACAAGCAACAGACUGGCACCUCACACACCUGGGCGGAAUCAUCCAGCGCGGCCCGGGAUUGGCAAUAAUGGAAGCCACAGCCGUGCAGCGCAUCGGGCGCAUAACGCCCCAAGACCUGGGCUUGUACGACAACACCCAGAUCGCGCCGCUGCGGCGCAUCACAGAGUUCGCGCACAGCCAGAGUAAGGCGAUUGCUAUCCAGCUGGCGCAUGCGGGGCGGAAGGGGAGUGCGGUUGCGCCGUGGUUGAGUGGGAAUGCGAUGGCGGUCCCUGAGGUGGGCGGGUGGCCGACGGAGAUUGUAGGUCCGUCGGCGAUUGCGCAGGAGGAGGGAGUCAACAAUGUGCCUAGGGCAUUGAGUGCGCGUGAGGUUGAGGAGUUGGCGGGUGAUUUUGUGGCUGCUGCGCGGCGGGCUGUGGUGGCGGGUUUUGAUGCCGUGGAGAUUCAUGCUGCGCAUGGGUAUCUGCUGCAUCAGUUUUUGAGCCCGGUCAGUAACAAGCGAACGGACGCAUAUGGAGGCACUUUUGAGGGGAGGGUGAGGCUGUUGCUGGAUGUUUGCGAGGGGGUCCGGGGUGCGAUUCCAGAGGGGAUGCCGUUGCUUGUGAGGAUCAGUGCGACGGACUGGUUUGAAUUCGAUGAAGGGUUGCGAAAUGAGUUUCCGGAGAGCUGGACAGUCGAGCAGUCUGUGAGACUUGCUGGACUGUUGGCCGAUAAAGGCGUUGAUCUAGUGGAUGUAAGUUCUGGGGGAGUCCACGCCAAAUCUGCGAUUGCGAUCAAGUCCGGCCCUGCAUACCAGGUACAUUUUGCGCAGGAGAUCAAGAAAGCAGUUGGGGAUCGGCUGCUGGUCUCAGCCGUUGGGGGAAUCAAGUCUGGCAGUCUGGCUGAAGAGACGCUGCAGUCGGGCAUCGAUGCUGUACAAGCUGGGCGCUGGUUCCAGCAGAAUCCAGGCCUCAUCCGAGCAUUUGCCAACGAACUAGGCGUGAAGGUCAGGAUGGCGACCCAGAUUGACUGGAGUUUUGAGGGCCGUGGAAGGCGAAGUAAAGCAUAG